UGAUCCUGCCGUGACAGGAUGACAAGUGACAAGCCAUCCCCGACGCCGCCGUUAAACUACCCGCGAGACGGCGAGGUCGUCCUCAUUCCUCACCCGUCCCCCAUUCCCGAUCCGUCGAAACCCUAGCCCGCAAUCGUCCCAAAAAUCUCGCUCUCGCCGCCUCCCCGUCGCCAUGGGCAAGAAACGGAAGCUCGAGCCCAAAUCCACCGCCGCCGCCGUGCAGGUGGCCCCCUCCUUGCAGCCUGAAACCUUAGCUGCGGCCCCCAUUCCCCUUAAGGCCGUGAAGGAGGAGCAGCAGCCCCAGGAGGCGGGCGGCGAGGAGGAGGAGGAGGUAGAGGUCGAGGAGGAGGUGGAGGACGAGGACGAGGACGAGGACGAGAGCAACCCCGCCUCGAUCCAGGCGCUGCUGGACUUGUUCCCCAAGGACCAGCUCGUCGAGCUGCUCCGCGACGCGGCCGUCGCACACGGAGACGUGCUCGACGCCGUCCGUCGCGUGGCCGACGCAGACCCGGCCCAGCGGAAGAUCUUCGUCCACGGCCUCGGCUGGGACGCCACCGCGGACACCCUCACCGAGGCGUUCAGCCCCUACGGCGAGAUCGAGGACCUCAGGGUCGUCACCGACCGCAACACGGGCAAGUGCAAGGGAUACGGUUUCAUCCUCUUCCGCCACCGCUCGGGCGCCCGCGCCGCGCUCCGCGAGCCACAGAAGAAGAUCGGCAACCGCAACACCGCUUGCCAGCUCGCCUCUCUUGGCCCUGUCCCACCUGGAGGUGCAGUCAACAACCCUGUGCCAGCCCCUGCUCCGUUGCAGUUGCAGUUGCCACCAGUGUCGGAGUACACCCAGCGCAAAAUUUUUGUUAGCAAUGUUGGUGCAAAUAUCGACCCGCAGAAACUGCUUCAGUUCUUUAAGAAGUAUGGUGAGAUUGAGGAUGGCCCGCUUGGGCUUGACAAGGUCACUGGGAAGCCCAAGGGAUUUGCUCUUUUUGUGUACAAGACCAUUGAGAGUGCCAGGAAGGCUCUUGAGGAGCCGCAUAAGCAUUUUGAGGGAGUUGUGCUGCACUGCCAGAAGGCGAUCGAUGGGCCGAAGAAUAACAAAUCAGGAGGACCUGGAGGCUUUUAUGGUGCUGGGGCUUCAAGUGGGAACAAGGGGGCUGCUGGUUAUGGAGCUACUAGUCAUUCUCUGCCCGGUAGUGCUGGCCAUGCGAUGUCACCUCUAGCGCCCAGCUUGGCUUCACUGCCUGGAGGUAUCGCUGCUGCCCCAGGGGUGGAUCCUGCUCUGGGGCAGGCCUUGACAGCUUUGCUUGCCACCCAGGGGGCAGGGCUGAGUCUGAAUAGCAUCCUGGGUGUUGGUGCUAAUGGUUCAGGGAUGCAUCAGCCGGGGGCAUCUGGAGCACUGGGUGGUAGUGGUGUUCCUGGGAUGCCAGGUGGUUAUAUCGGUGGAUAUGGUGCUGCUGGUGGUUAUGGGGGUGCAGCGUCAGGAGGUCCUGGAAGAAAUUACAUGGGUCAUUAGGUAAGAUUUUAGUAGGAUGGUUGUAACUAUUUUACUGUGGCCAGAUGAUUCUACAUGUUCCUGCUUGGCAUUUAUAAUCUUGCUCUUUUAAGCUGUUUCUGGCUACUCAAAACUCUUGUGGUAGUUUCCAUAUGAACUUUGCCUCUACCUAUCGUUUCAAAAUGAAACAGUGCUUUGUACAACUAUUUAGGUUUUCAAAAGGCCAUCUGGUGGCUUGCAAGACUAUUGUAAAAGACUUCGUUUGGAUUUAAAGCACUGCGGUAUUUAACAAUGCUACCGUUUUUUAUUUUUUUAAUGUACAAUAAACUUUCUGUUUGACA